AUGGUUGAUACCAAGAGUGAGACCCAACAGGAAUGUCGUUCCGGUGCCCAGAUCGGUGGGGAGUCACCUGGCAGAGGCCAGAAGGGGGACUUGAACUCAGGCCUGGACCUGCACCUGGGCCCUGCUCCGCGACUCAGAGUUCAGCUCUGGAGCCUCGGGUCCUCCUCUUCAUGCUUACUGUUCAUAAAUGCUCCUCUUGUAGCCAAACCCUCUCCCCCCGUGGUGUCGGGUCCCACGGCCAGGGCCUCGCCUGAGCAGACAGUGAACUUCACCUGCAACUCCCAUGGCUUCUCCCCCAGAAGCAUCACCCUGAGAUGGUUCAAAAACGGGAAUGAGCUGGCAGCCUCCCAGACCACCGUGGACCCAGAGGGAAACAGCACUUCCUACAGCAUCUCCAGCACAACCAGGCUGGUGCUGGCCCCGGGGGACGUUCGCUCCCAGGUCAUCUGUGAGGUGACCCACGUGACCCUGCAGGGGGGCCCUCCGCUUCGUGGGACUGCCAACUUGUCUGAGGUCCUCCGAGUUCCGCCCACCUUGGAGGUUUCCCAGGAACCCGUGGCAGGGGACCAGGUGAAGGUCACUUGCCAAGUGAAGAAGUUCUACCCCCAGCGCCUACAGCUGACCUGGCUGGAGAAUGGAAACGUGUCCCGAACAGAAACGGCCUCGACGGCCUCGACGGCCUGGAACCUCAUAGAGAACAAGGAUGGGACGUUUAACUGGACGAGCUGGCUCCUGGUGAACUCAUCCGCCCACAGGGAAGAUGUGGUGUUCACCUGCCAGGUGCAGCAUGACGGGCAGCCCGCGGUCACCAAAAACCAUACCGUUGUGGCCUCUGCCCACCAGAAGGACCAGGACCCAAGGCUAUCUACUCCACUCCUGGUCACUGUCACCCUGGGCCCAAAGCUGCUGCUGCUCAUCACUGUCUCUGCCAUCUAUGCCCACAGGAAGAGAAGGCUUGCAUGUGUCCCAGGAGGAAAAUAGCGUGGAGGACAUAGGAAACACAUGGGGAACAUUUCUGGAAUGAUGAGCAGAUAAUUAACUGUGGUGAACAUGGGUCCUACAGCACUUACCUUCCUCCCCUGCUACAUGCCACCCUCAGUCUCUGC